GCCGCGAACGCGCGUUUGUUUUGAUGUGCAGUGCGGUGGAGUGCCAGUGAGUGAGUGAGGCGAUGUCGCGGGUGCCGGCGACAUGCUGGCCGUUCGCCCUGCCAAGUACCUGGGCUCGUUCCCGGUGGGUGACGGCGAGCACGCGGCGCGAGUGGACGCCGUCUCUGCCCACCUGCACCUCAUGAAGGAGAGCGGGCGUGCGGUCCCCGUGUUGGUGGUGGUAGCGCUCUCUGGGGUCAAAGUAUGCGACCCCGACGACCAGAGCGUGCGCAUGUCCCACGCGCUGCGGCGCAUCUCGUACGCGACGUGUGAGGCGGCGCGCGCGCUGUUCGCCUUCGUGGCGCGCGAGCCGCGGCGCGAUCCCGCCGCGCAGUACUGCCACGCCUUCGAGACCGACACGCCCGACCAG